AUGGAGCGCGAGGGGAGUGGUGGCAGCAGCGGGGGCUCGGCCGGGCUCCUGCAGCAGAUCCUCAGCCUGAACCUCAACUCCACUUCGCUCUGCUCCUUCCCAGAGAUGUGGUACGGGGUGUUCCUGUGGGCACUGGUGUCGUUGCUCUUCUUCCAUGGCCCUGCUGGAUUACUGGCCCUCUUCACCCUCAGACAUCACAAAUAUGGUGCAGCAAUUGCAGGAGUAUACCGAGCAGCAGGGAAGGAAAUGAUACCCUUUGAAGCCUUCACGCUGGGCACGGGACAGAUCUUCUGUGUGGUGGCAGUCUCCUUCCUGUGGAUUUUAGAGACUCUGUAGCAUAUACCGUUUGCUGUGAUGUGGAAACAGUUUCAUAGAGCCCUCA